CUCCACCUCCUCCUCCUCCUCCUGCUGUCUACAAACAGUCAAGGGCUUUAAAGGAUCUUUAUGUGAUUAUCAAAAUGGACAAAGAGUCUGCCGAUUAUUGACCAAACAGAGAAGCACCCAAUGCCUCCACUGCUUGUGUUGUCUCUCUUCCAUCCAGGACUGACUGAACACUUCCUCUCAGCCACAGAGGAUCUUCUUAGAAGUCUGCCCCUUCCUCUCAUCCAGCAUGGACACUUUUUUUCGUCGUCACUUUAGGAGGAAGGAUUCAGCUUUGCAGGUAGAUGCAGACCCCUGCCGCCAGCGAAGGCCCAGUGUGGCUGUUCCUGCUAGUAGGGCCCGUAGGAGGUCCAGCGUUGGGUUGCCUUCCUCUACCCUGACCCAGCGCCGGCGCUCCAGUGUCCAGCUGCAGGGGGGUCUGCCAUGUGCAGGCAGCAACCGGUUGACAAAGACCAACAGACAUAACAGGUUGGCAGCACAAGGCCGAAGACGCUCCAGCACCACCACCCCCAGCCUCAACCCACGGUUUGCUGUAUGCCGGAAGAAGGUGGGGAAGCUGCGUACCAUCGACACCCACCUGCUAGGGCCGUCCAUGCUGCUGGCCAGUCUGAUCCAGAUGGCUGAGGAAGAGGAGGAGGGGGAGGAGGAGGAGGAGGGGGAAGAAGGCAUGGGGACAGGGCUAUCAGCUGGAGAACAGCAGGUGGAGGUAAAAGAUGGGGCCAGCAGGAGGUUGAUUUCACACUCUAGCUUCCCCCACUCAGAUGGAGACAAUGGUAGCAGUGACUGCUCCACUGACAGCCAAUCAGAGUCCAGCCAGCCGUCUGAGGCCGAGGACGACCAUGGUUCCUGGUCUCCUGAUCAACAGGUAGCCUGCUGUCCCUCCUCCUCCUUGGCCCUGGAGGUGAUCAGAAAGACCUCACAGGUACGGUCCACAUCCAGACCCCUUAUCCGAGCUCCUCGCUGCCUUCGGAGGAACUCUUCUCAGGUUUUUGUGGGAGACUCUGCACCAUCCAGCCGAUACCGAGGUUCCAGCCAGAGGAAGAGGAGGAGAAUCUCUACUAUUUCAAAAGCUGGGAGUCCUUGGCCAGGAAGAGGCCAACCACUGCCCAGCCGCAGGAGUUCAGUCUAUUACCUAAGCCACCCAGCCUUGUACAGGGGCCCCGGAGCCCUCAGUCCUCUGGGGUCACAGGGCUAUGACUCUCGUCUGGAGACCUGGAGUGCAUUUCUGCUAAAAGCCAUUGCAAAGUCAGGAAUACAGCAUGUGGGAGCCAACGUUGCAACAUCUGGACAGACGGACCAGCGACAGGAGCCUAACAACAGCAUCGACUGGAGUGAAAAUGCCCAGUUUGGGGACCACGUCUGGUUUGAGACCAGUGGGUCUGGAGACUUCUGCUAUGUUGGAGAGCAGUACUGUGUUGCAAAAUCACUGCAAAAGUCAGUGGCAAGGAAGAAAUGUGCUGCAUGUAAGAUAUCAGUCCACACCAUGUGUAUGGAGCAGCUUGAGAAGAUAAAUUUCAGGUGCAAGCCAUCUUUUAAGGAGCCAGGAUCUCGAACUGUUCGAGAGUCCAACGUUGUGCGGCAUCACUGGGUCCAUAGGAGACGUCAGACAGGAAAGUGUCGACAGUGUGGGAAGGGAUUUCAACAGAAGUUCUCAUUUCACAACAAAGAGAUUGUUGCCAUCAGCUGCUCAUGGUGCAAACAAGCCUAUCACAACAAGGUGACAUGCUUCAUGCUGCAGCAGAUAGAGGAGUGCUGCUCACUGGGCGCUCACGCUGCUGUCAUCGUCCCUCCCACCUGGAUCAUCAGGGUCCGAAAACCACAGUCUUCUCUGAAGUCCAGUAAAAGGAAGAAGAGAACAUCAUUAAAAUGCAAUAAGUCAAGCAAGAAGGGAUCAGAGGAUGGUCGAUGGAAGCCGUUCCUGGUGAAGCCUCUUCCUUCUCAACUCAUGAAGCCUCUGCUGGUGUUUGUUAAUCCAAAGAGUGGUGGAAACCAGGGAGCUAAAAUCGUCCAGUCUUUUAUGUGGUAUCUGAACCCACGGCAAGUGUUUGACCUGACGAAAGGUGGACCCAAAGAUGGGUUAGAGCUGUAUGCCAAAGUACCCAACCUAAGGAUUCUGGCCUGUGGAGGUGACGGGACGGUGGGCUGGAUCUUGUCGGUGUUGGACCAGCUGAAGCUCCGGCCUCAGCCCCCCGUGGCCAUCCUGCCUUUGGGGACUGGAAAUGACCUGGCGAGGACUUUAAACUGGGGAGGGGGUUACACAGAUGAACCCAUCACAAAGAUCCUUUCACAUGUGGAGGACGGAAACGUCGUCCAGUUGGACCGAUGGAACCUGAAUGUGGAGCCCAACCCUGAGGCCCGUCCAGAGGAGAGGGACGAGCAGCAAACCGACAAGCUUCCUAUUGACGUCUUCAACAAUUACUUCAGCCUGGGCUUCGACGCUCAUGUCACACUGGGCUUCCAUGAAUCCAGAGAGGCAAACCCAGAGAAGUUUAACAGCCGCUUUAGGAAUAAAAUGUUCUAUGCAGGGACGGCCUUCUCAGAUUUCCUGAGUGGGAGUUCAAAAGACCUCGCCAAGCACAUCAAAGUAGUGUGUGAUGGGACGGAUCUGACGGCCAAAGUCCAGGAGUUGAAGUUACAGUGCCUGCUCUUCCUCAACAUCCCAAGGUACUGUGCAGGUACCAUGCCGUGGGGUCAUCCCAGCGAGCAUCAUGACUUUGAACCACAGCGACAUGAUGACGGCUGCAUCGAGGUCAUCGGCUUUACCAUGACUUCCCUGGCCACGCUGCAGGUGGGCGGUCAUGGAGAACGACUCCACCAGUGCAAAGAGGUGACCCUCACCACCUACAAGUCCAUCCCCAUGCAGGUGGACGGUGAGCCCUGCAAGCUGGCUCCCUCUGUCAUCCAUAUCAACUUGAGGAACCAGGCCAACAUGGUGCAGAAGGUCAAGAGGAGGAUCUCCAUGCCCCACCUAAACGACCAGCAGCCGCUUCCUGAGAAACUGCAGAUCCGAGUGAACAGGAUCAGCAUGGCAGCAUAUGAAGCCCUGCAUUAUGACAAGGAUCAGCUGAAGGACGCCUCGACACCACUGGGGCUCAUCACCGUCCCCGGAGACAGUGACCUGGAGACCUGCCGCCUGCUCAUCGAACGUCUGCAGGAUAAUCUGGAUCAGGACUGUGAAGUGAUGGAAGGAGAGUGGUUUACUUCACAAAAACUAUCUAUGAAGUGGUGCUUCCUUGACUGUACAACUGCAGACCGCUUCUACAGGAUCGACCGAGCUCAGGAACACCUGAACUAUGUCACAGAGAUCUCUCAGGAGGAGCUGUACAUCUUGGACCCAGAGCUGGUCGUCAAGGAGACGGUAGGCACCUCCCCUGGAAUGCCGGACCUGGUGGACUCUGAGGAGCAUCAGGACCAGCAGCGAAAGUUUGCCUUUCCUCACUCUGCAACCUCGCCGACUUCCCCUACCUCCUCGACAUCCCCGACCUCCUCAGCCAUACUCAGAGUCAGAGAUGGUCAGAGGAAGAGGGUCUCCAGUGACAGCUCAGUGGCUGAUGCUCUGUCUCAGAGCUCCAAGACCGUCCUCUGCAGGAGAGGGGCAAAGAUUCUCAAUGUCCAUCGUUCCAAUACAACCCUCGCUGAUUUCAGACCCAUGAUUAGUUCCUCCACCGCUACCUCACGCAACACUGAAAAAGAUACAGAGUUGAUCAACUGUGUCAAGACUGAAGACCUGAAUGGACUGAUAAAGCUCCACCAGCAGGGAGCAGACAUCCUGCUGCAGGACGUCGCAGGCUGCACGCUGCUGCACCACGCUGUGGAGGCCGGCAACAAAGAGAUCAUGAAGUACCUCAUAGAAAACGUACCCACAACCCACCUGGAUAUAACUGAGAAAGAGACAGGAGAGACGGCGCUCCAUAAGGCUGCCACUUCCUGCCAGAGGAGUAUCUGUCACUAUCUGGUGGAGGCAGGGGCAUCGCUCAUGAAGACAGACCUGCAGGGUGAGACCCCUAAACAGCGUGCUGAGAAAGCUGACGAUCAGGACCUGGCAGAAUAUCUGGAGAACCGCCAACAUUACCAGAUGAUCCAGAGAGAAGACCAGGAGACAGCAGUCUAAGCUGUCUGUCACAUCCGUUCUGUCUGUCUUUGUCUUUAAUUUAGUGUGAAGGAGAAACUCUUUAGACUCCAAUGACGUGACAAUGAAUGUAGAUGGCAGAAAAAUCUGAUUCCUCUCUGCUGUAAGGUGGGAGGAGGUGAAUAGAGCCAGAUAAUAAGGAUAACUGUCAUUUUCAUCCCUGCUCAAACUGCUUUAAUUGACCAGAAAUCUCUGAAUUUGUGCCUGUGUCCUUCUGGUCCAAUCCAAACUGGAACAUAAAGCCAUUGGACACUAAAGUGAAUUCAAACUUGUUCAUUUUUUAGGCCACAAUGACUGAAUUGUGGCUUUAUCUGCUAAACAUAAGCGCUCUGACCUCCACAUAAAAUGAAAGAUAUGUGUACAGAAAGAGUAGUUGAAGCGAACAACAGCUGCUGUGAGCGAACAGUGACUGCAUUCAUCUAUGUGCAGCUGAAGAUGAUGAAACUAGAUGCUUUCGCCAUAUCUGAUAGAACGGCUGCAAAAAUGUGUCUUCUUUCAAGCUUCUAGUGACCUUUUUGGAUGUAUUUGUUUACUCAAAAGAAAUGUGUUUGUUCAGACUUUGGAUAUUUAACUUGGUCACCAGUUAAUUUAGCUAUUUAUGGUUUAUUUGUAGAGAAAACACACUUGCUUGUGAUCAAAUACAUUGAAGCAAGUUGUCGACUGCUUCACACUUGGGUUUUUUUUGUUUGUUUUUCGUGGAUCUCCUUUUGGAUUUCAGUCCAAAUUUUAGAUAUUUUGGUUGCUAUGAGGGUUUUUUUUGUAUUUUUGUCUGUUACAUAAGUGUAAUGCAAAUGGCUGUCAGAGAAAUGCUUUCAUUGUAAUGUGUGUCUACUGUUUAAAUAGCUGAGAUAUGGAUAUAGAUUUGUCAGUGUUGGAGAUUUUAAACAGCAACAGAAGCUGCAGCCAGAUUCUGCCAAAGCAGUAAAGACUGUAUUAAUGAUAAUUACUUAAGCCAGGAUGACAUUAUACUGUAUGAUACUGGAGUAAUAACUGUUUGGUUUUAUCAUUUCUGAGUGACCUGCAAUAAAAGCAUGUCAGUAAGA